CUCCUCACACCCCAUAAACUCUUGACUCUUCUUCGUCUCUGCAACUAAAGACUCCAUCUUUCCUCCUCUCGCAAACCCAAGACCCUUUUUUGACACCAACCCAUUUUCCCCCACAAUGCUCCGCAACCUCCUCCGCCUCUGCUCCCGCCUACGGUGGCCGGCGCGCCGCCGCUGCCGGACCAAAGUCGUCAUCAAACGCUUUUCCAAAACCAACUCCAAGUCCGACCUCCUCCACGAACCCACUUCCAACGGCUCCUCGUCGGCGACGGUCCACCCCAACGGCCAGCCGGAGACAGAUAAGCCGCCGCCGCGGCCCGUUCGUGUCGCCACCUUCAACGCUGCUCUGUUCUCCAUGGCGCCGGCGAUUCCGGCGCCGGAAAAACCCGAGCAAGACGAAAAUGGCGUCAAGGUAGUCAAGAACGUUAGACUCAAAUCGGCGAUGGACCGGCCCAAGAGUAUCUUAAAGCAGUCACCUUUACACCCAAACGCGAUGAAGAGCUCGGAGAAUCAGAGAACCCAACAGAAGUUCGUCAAGUCCAAGAUGAGAGUCUCGAUCAAUUUGCCGGAUAAUGAAAUUUCACUACUCAAAAGCAGACAGUUGAGCUUUGCUGAAGGCAGAGAGCUUGAUAGUAAUGGUGCUUUGUCUUCUUUCUCCCCAAGUAGAGUUUCAAGAGGAAAAGGUCCGUUGAAGGCUAGUGUGAGCUUUCCUAAUAAUGUUGGGAACGUUGGUGGUGGUGGUGAGAAUGGGGAGUACUAUACGAGCCAGAGGAGUGUUCUUGAGGUUUUGAGGGAGUUGGAUGCUGACAUUUUGGCUCUGCAAGAUGUGAAAGCUGAGGAGGAGAAGGAAAUGAAGCCUCUCUCGGAUUUGGCCGCCGCAUUGGGGAUGAACUAUGUGUUUGCCGAGAGCUGGGCGCCGGAGUACGGCAAUGCCAUCUUGUCGAAAUGGCCGAUCAAGCGGUCUAAGGUUCAGAAAAUCUUUGAUGACUCUGAUUUCAGGAACGUUCUAAAAGCCACCAUUGACGUACCCCAAGCCGGAGAAGUCAAUUUCCACUGCACCCACCUUGAUCAUCUUGAUGAGAACUGGAGGAUGAGGCAGAUGAACGCUAUAAUCCAAUCGAGCAAUGAGCCUCACAUCUUGGCUGGAGGUCUCAAUUCACUAGAGGAAUCAGAUUAUUCUCGAGAAAGAUGGACUGACAUUGUAAAGUAUUACGAGGAGAUGGGAAAACCAACACCCAAGGUCGAAGUCAUGAGGUACUUGAAGAGCAAGCAGUACACAGAUGCCAAGGACUUUGAGGGAGAAUACGAGUCAGUAGUCAUGAUCGCCAAAGGACAAAGUGUGCAGGGGACAUGUAAGUAUGGAACACGGGUAGAUUACAUAUUGGCAUCCUCAACUUCUCCCUACAAGUUUGUUCCCGGAUCAUACUCUGUCUUUUCAUCCAAAGGGACAUCCGAUCAUCAUAUAGUAAGAGUUGAUGUGAUCAAAUCGGAAAGUAGUUGCGAUCCAGGAAAUGUAUCCAGACGCGGGCAAAGAAAACAGAAAGUUAUACAGAUUACGGAGACUACUCCAUCCAAAGGCAUAUGGAAAUCACAGACAUGAUCAGUAAGAUAGAUAUGAUUGACUUUAUUUAUUUUACAGCUUACAGUUAGUACUCUAGUGUUGAUUUGUUAAAAGACGGAGGGGCAGAUGGUUAUCUCCUCCACUUGGUAAAUUACUCGCUCACUGUUUAGAUGGUUUUAGAUGAACGAACGAAUCAGAGAUGAAAUCUGGUGUGGUUGGCAUUCUUUUCUUGUUCAAAUUGUACAGCAGAGUGAACAUGUAAUAAGUACAUAUGAGAGUGAUUUUCUUACUUUGAUCA